AUGACUGCCAUCAUGGAGGACCAAGUCCCGGAGGAGGGACAAGACGAUAAAGGAGAGAACAUAAUAUUGUCUCCCAAGGGCUCCGCCUCUUCGGACAUAAGCACAGAACUUGAUAAAGAUUCCUCAUCUUCCUGGGAUGACAAAUCACUACUGCCCACGGGCGAAUACAUUGUAGAUAAAAAUAAGCCGCAAACGUAUUUGAACUGUGAUGAUAUUGAAAAAGUGACCGAGUCUGACAUUUUCCCUCAAAAACGUCUGUUCUCAUUUUUACACUCCAAAAGCAUGCCUGAAGUACCGCAAACAGAUGACGAAAGGAAAAUGUAUCCUAUGUUUCAUACAAAUAUCAUCUCCAAUAUUUUUUUUUGGUGGGUUCUACCGAUUCUGCGAGUUGGUUAUAAAAGAACGAUUCAACCAAACGAUCUUUUCAAGAUGGACCCAAGAAUGUCUAUAGAGACCCUCUAUGAUGAUUUUGAAAAGAAUAUGAUGUACUAUUUUGAGAAAACGAGAAGAAAAUAUCGGAAAAAGCAUCCGGAAGCGACAGAGGAAGAGGUCAUGGAAAAUGCAAAACUGCCCAGAAAUACAGUUUUUAAAGCUCUAUUGUUCACAUUCAAAAAGCAGUACUCGAUCUCAGUACUGUUCGCCGUCCUGGCUAACUGUACAUCCGGGUUCAACCCAAUGAUCACCAAGAGACUAAUCGAAUUUGUUGAAGAAAAGGCCAUUUUUCACAAUAUGCACGUUAACAAAGGUAUUGGUUAUGCUAUCGGCUCAUGUUUGAUGAUGUUUGUUAACGGAUUAACCUUUAACCAUUUCUUUCAUACUUCUCAAUUGACCGGUGUGCAGGCCAAGUCUAUUCUUACAAAAGCCGCUAUGAAAAAAAUGUUUAACGCUUCUAAUUACGCAAGGCAUUGUUUCCCGAAUGGUAAGGUGACCUCAUUCAUAACAACUGAUCUAGCCAGAGUGGAAUUUGCUUUAUCUUUCCAACCAUUUCUGGCUGGGUUUCCUGCGAUCUUGGCUAUCUGUAUUGUCUUAUUGAUUGUCAAUUUAGGCCCCAUUGCAUUGGUCGGGAUUGGUAUCUUCUUCGGCGGGUUCAUGAUUUCUCUGUUUGCCUUUAAAUUGAUUCUGGGCUUUAGAAUCGCCGCAAAUGUGUUCACUGACGCAAGGGUUACUAUGAUGAGAGAAGUGUUGAAUAAUAUCAAAAUGAUCAAAUAUUAUACAUGGGAAGAUGCCUACGAGAAUAAUAUUCAAGAUAUCAGAAGCAAGGAAAUUUCCAAAGUGAGGAAAAUGCAAUUAUCAAGAAAUUUUUUAAUCGCAAUGGCUUUGUCUUUGCCCAGUAUUGCUUCGUUGGUCACCUUUCUAGCAAUGUACAAAGUCAAUAAUGGCGGCAGACAGCCUGGUAAUAUAUUUGCCUCUUUGUCAUUGUUUCAAGUUUUGAGUUUACAAAUGUUCUUCUUACCUAUUGCUAUCGGUACCGGUAUUGACAUGAUCAUCGGGCUGGGUCGUCUGCAAAGCUUGUUGGAAGCUCCAGAAGAUGAUCCAAACCAACUGAUCGAAAUGAAACCAUCCGCCGAUUUUGAUCCAAAAUUAGCCCUGAAGAUGACGCAUUGUUCAUUUGAAUGGGAAGACUAUGAAUUAAAUGAUGCUAUUGAGGAAGCUAAAGAUGAAGCUGAAAAUGAAGGUAAGAAAAACAAAAAAAAACGCAAGGAUACGUGGGGUAAACCAACUUCAAGCAACAAUAAAGCAAAAAGAUUGGACAGUAUGUUAAAAGAUAGAGAUGGUCCAGAAGAUUUAGAGAAGACUUCAUUUAGAGGUUUCAAGGAUUUAAAUUUUGAAAUUAAGAAGGGUGAAUUUAUCAUGAUCACUGGUCCUAUUGGUACUGGUAAAUCCUCGUUGUUAAAUGCAAUGGCAGGUUCAAUGAGAAAGACCGACGGUAAAAUAGAAGUCAACGGCGACUUGUUAAUGUGUGGUUACCCAUGGAUUCAAAAUGCCCCCGUAAGGGAUAACAUCAUAUUUGGUUCGCCAUUUAUUAAGGAAAAAUACAACGAAGUCAUUCGUGUCUGCUCUUUGAAAGCUGACCUGGAUAUUUUACCAGCUGGUGAUAUGACUGAAAUUGGUGAACGUGGUAUUACCUUGUCCGGUGGUCAGAAGGCGCGUAUAAAUUUGGCCAGAUCUGUUUACAAGCGGAAAGAGAUAUACUUAUUCGAUGAUGUCUUAAGCGCUGUGGAUUCGCGUGUUGGUAAACACAUUAUGGACGAGUGUCUCACGGGAAUGCUUGCUAAUAAAACAAGAAUUUUGGCUACACAUCAAUUGUCAUUGAUUGAAAGAGCUUCUAGGGUCAUUGUCCUAGGUACUGAUGGUCAAGUCGACAUAGGUACUGUCGACGAGUUGAAAGCCCGUAACCAAACUCUAAUAAAACUAUUGCAGUUCUCUUCCCAAAAUUCCAAAGAGGAAGAGGAUGUCCCAGAAGAGGGCAUAAUCAAUGAAUUGGGAGGUUUGAAAUAUGAAGGUGAGAUUGAGGAACUGACUGAGUUGAAAAAAAAAACCACUCAAAUGUCACAAACUACAGACACUGCUCAACCCGUAGUGAAUGGCCAUACCAGCACAAAAGAGGAAAGAGCGGUCAACAGUAUCGGUGUGAACGUUUACAAAGAAUAUAUUAAAGUUGCGGUAGGCCGUUGGGGUUUCGUUACACUUCCACUUUAUUUUGUUCUAGUAGUUGGUACCACAUUUUGUUCACUCUUUUCUUCUGUUUGGUUAUCCUAUUGGACAGAGAAUAAAUUCAAGAACAGGCCGCCUAGUUUUUACAUGGGUCUUUACUCCUUCUUCGUUUUUGCUGCCUUCAUUUUCAUGAAUGGUCAGUAUACAAUUCUUUGCGUUAUGGGUAUUAUGGCAUCCAAAUGGCUAAAUCUAAAGGCAGUGAAAAGAAUCUUGCACACACCAAUGUCAUAUAUAGACACUACCCCUUUGGGGCGAAUUUUGAACAGAUUCACGAAAGAUACUGACAGCUUAGAUAAUGAAUUAACUGAAAGUUUACGUUUAUUGACGUCCCAAUUCGCAAAUAUCGUAGGUGUGUGUGUCAUGUGCAUUGUUUAUUUACCAUGGUUCGCUAUUGCCAUCCCCUUUCUUUUGGUUAUUUUUGUUUUGAUUGCCGAUCAUUAUCAAAGCUCUGGUAGAGAAAUCAAGAGGCUUGAAGCCGUUCAACGGUCUUUCGUUUACAACAACCUGAAUGAAGUCCUAGGUGGGAUGGAUACAAUUAAAGCUUACCGAAGUCAAGAACGAUUUUUGGCAAAAUCAGACUUCUUAAUUAAUAAAAUGAAUGAGGCAGGUUAUCUUGUUGUUGUCCUACAAAGAUGGGUAGGUGUUUUCCUUGAUAUGGUUGCUAUUGUAUUUGCGCUAAUCGUCACAUUGUUAUGCGUUACGAGGGCCUUCCCUAUUUCAGCAGCCUCCGUUGGUGUUUUGUUGACAUAUGUCUUACAAUUGCCUGGUUUAUUAAAUACAAUUUUGAGGGCAAUGACGCAAACCGAAAAUGAUAUGAAUAGUGCCGAAAGAUUGGUCUCGUAUGCUACUGAGUUACCCUUAGAAGCAGACUAUAGGAAGCCAGAAAUGACCCCUCCCGAAUCAUGGCCCUCGAAGGGUGAAAUUGUUUUAGAAAACGUCUGCUUUUCUUAUAGGCCUGGUUUGCCAGUUGUCCUGAAAAACCUUAACUUGAACAUUGAAAGUGGAGAAAAAAUUGGUAUCUGUGGUCGUACGGGUGCCGGUAAGUCUACUAUCAUGAGCGCUUUGUACAGGUUAAAUGAAUUAUCAGCUGGUAAGAUCUUAAUUGAUGAUGUUGACAUAAGUAAAUUAGGACUUUUUGAUUUAAGAAGAAAAUUGGCCAUUAUCCCACAAGACCCCGUAUUGUUUAGAGGUACAAUUCGAAAGAACUUGGAUCCAUUUGAUGAACGUACGGAUGAUGAGUUAUGGGAUGCAUUAGUAAGAGGUGGCGCCAUUGCCAAGAAUGAUCUAUCGGAAGCCAAGUUACAAAAACCUGAUAAAAAUGGUACGCACGGUAGAAUGCACAAAUUCCACUUAGAUCAAGCAGUCGAAGAAGAAGGCUCUAAUUUCUCAUUGGGAGAGAGGCAAUUAUUAGCAUUAACAAGAGCUUUGGUUCGGCAAUCAAAAAUAUUAAUCCUGGAUGAAGCUACAUCCUCAGUGGAUUACGAGACAGAUGGUAAAAUUCAAGCACGUAUUGUUGAGGAAUUUGGAGACUGUACAAUUUUGUGUAUCGCUCACAGAUUACAGACUAUUGUAAAUUACGAUCGUAUUCUUGUUCUAGAAAAGGGAGAAGUUGCAGAAUUUGAUACCCCAUGGACAUUGUUUACUCAAGAGAAUAGUAUUUUCAGGAACAUGUGUUCAAGAUCUGGUAUUGUGGAGAAGGACUUCGAGAACAGAAUUUAA